AUGGCCACCGAUAUGGACGAAACGACUCUCUCUACACUCGACCUGCUGGAGUCGCGUCUCCUUCGUAUUGAGCAUAUCCUAUAUGGCCAGUCUCAGUCACCUUCGCUGGUUCAGGACCGGUCAGCGGUCGAUCAACUUGGCCAGCUUGAGCGGCGCUUCUCUACUCUCCUGUCCAAUAUCCGCGUUUAUCACGGACUCAUGAAGAUCUACAGAGCCAAUCCUGGUUUCUUCCAUGCACCCGAUCCAUCAGAACCGCCAUCUGAAUUAGAUAUUUCUGCUGUUCAAUCAGUUGUCCUGGCCUCGGCCUCGGCCUUUCCAGCUACACUAUCGUCCCUGACUGCCAUCAAAGAUAGUCCGAUUCCAGAACCCUCAGAGAGCGCGGCUCUUGUGGCAUUGCGGGAUAGAAUGAAAGCGAUCGAAGCUACGCAGGUUGCACAGGCUGCGGAAAUAGCCGACCUUCGACAGCGGAGCGAGACGGUCGUUCGGUCCUGGUACGAGACAGGCGUUAUCAACAACUCAAAGGUGAUGGCCGAUCUAGAGUCUCGAGUUGGGUUUGUGGAGCGCCAGGUGAGGAGGGCGGAGCGAGAACUAGAGGCGGAAGAUGAGUUGUGA